CACAACAUUUCCAUGCACACAUACAAAAAACAUCACAAGUACUUCAACAAAGUUCAAGCAUCUUAAACUACAAAAAAAAAAAAACAAUCAAAAGCAAAACCGUACGUAACACCCUUUUGUUCUUGUUAAACACACACAAAAUGGCAUCUGAACAAUUGUCUCGCAGAGAAAACACCACAAACGAGAGAGAUAUUCAUGUUGAAAAAGACAGAGUCCCAAAGAUGACUACCCAUUUUGAACAACUUACAGUGGUAGACAAGGAACCACCACAUGGUAGCAUUGAAGCAUUACAAGGUGGUGAAAUGAACAAAGAUCAUGCAGGAAAAGCCAUUGGAGAUAUUGGUGGAAGAGGAAGAUCAAGAGAGACUCAUGAACUUGGUUCAAAUGUGAAGCAGAGUGAUAGGGAUCAUCAUCAUGCUGCUGCUACGAACCUUGGUCACAAGCAAGGUUUUCAGUCUCACUCUGAUCAAAAUGUGAAACAGAGUGAGAGGGAUCGUCAUCAUGCUACAAAUGUAGUUGGACACAGACAAGGUGCAGAAGGCAUGAAAGAAAGAGGUGAAGGUUUGGGAGAUAUUGGUGGAAGAGGAAGAGAAAGAGAGAGCCAUGAACUUGGUUCAAACUUUCAGUCUCUUCCUGAUCGUAACGAGAAUCAAAGUUACCUUGAUCGUGCACAUGUUCGUGAUAGUGCAAAUGUAGCAGGAAAAGAAGAUUUUGGUGGUGUUCGUGAUGUGGGAAAGUUUCAAAUGGAAUCAAAAGGUUUAACCGAUGAUAGAGAAAAACUUGAUAGCCGAACCAAAGUGGUUUCUGGAACACCACAUGUGAAAGAAAUGAACAGAGGAAUGGGAACAGGACAAGUUGUGGCAGAGAAAGGAAGAAAAACAGAGGAUUUAGGAACAAGAGGUGAAGGAAAAGUACCUGGUGCUGGAAAUGUAGGUUCGAUGUGGGGAAGAAGUGCUGAAGAACAGAAAGGAAGAGCAAGAGAGAUGGAAGAAGAGAGAGCAAGAGAGAAAUUAGAAGAAACAAGGGGAAGAAAAGUUGGUGGUGAAAAUGAAGGUGUAAUCUUGGGAAAGAGUGUUGCUGAGCAAAGAGGAAGAGCGGGUGCUGGAAAUGAAGGUGCAAUGUUGGGAAAAAGUGCUGCUGAACAAAGAGAGAGAGCAAGAGAAGAAGAAGAGAAAAUGUCUUUGGAAGAGAUAGGGAAGUAUAGAAACCAAGCACAACAAAAUGAAAUGGACGCAAUCUCAGCAGCACAAGAGAGGUAUGAAAAAGCAAAGCAAGCAACAAACGAAACACUAAACAACACAGCACAAACAACUCGAGAGAAAACAGCACAAGCAAUGGAGAAAGCAGCACAAGCCAAAGAUGCAACUGUUGAGAAAACACAACAAGGUUAUGAAGCAACAAAAGACACUGUUUCAAGCGCUGCAAAAACUGCAACAGAAUAUGUUACCCCUGUGGCGGAGAAAGCCAAGUCUGCAGUUGUUCAGGCAAAGGAUGUUACUGUAGAGACAGGGAAGACUGCUGCGGAAGUUGCAAGCAAAGUGGCGGUUGAUUUGAAGGAUAAGGCCACCGUGGCAGGGUGGACUGCGGCACAUUAUUCGACGAAGUUGACCGUGGAUGGAACUAAGGCUGCAGCGCAUGCUGUUGAAGGAGCGGCUGGAUAUGUUGUACCAAAGGCGGCCGGGCUUGCGUUGAAAUCGGUGGAUGUUGUGAAAGGUUUGGCUGCUUCUGCUGGUGAGACUGCUAAGGAGUUUACUGCUAAGAAGAAAGAUGAAUCAUGGCGUGAAUAUGAGACUAAAAGGGCUUCUGGUCAACUUCAGGAAGGUGAAGAGAUCAUGCCAUCAUCAGGAGGUAUCGGCGAAAAUGUGAGCAACUAUUCUCAAAAAAUGAUGCCAACUGGGGAAAGAACUCAAGCACAAGGUACUAAUUAUCAAGAGAAGGGGAGGGGAAGCAAUGUGAUGUCAAGCAUUGGUGAAACUGUGGGAAAUGUUGGAGAGAAAGUUGGUGAAACAAUGGCAAAUGUUGGUGAUAAAAUGAAGAAACCAUUUGAAAACAUGACAAGUACAGGUCAAGUACAAGGAGGAAGUGAUAAACCAUUAGGAGGAAGUGAUGUAUUGGGAGCUGUGACUGAAACUGUGAGUGAUAUUGGAAAUAACAUGGUUAAAGCAACAGAUAAUAGUAAAGUUAAUAUUUCUCAAGAGGGACAAGGUGGUGGUGUUUUGGAUGCUAUUGGUGAAACCAUAGCUGAAAUUGCACAUACAACUAAAGUCAUUGUUGUUGGUGAGGAUGAUGAAGUAUUAGAUGAGUCAAGGAAGAAUAUUGGGUCAGAGUCUCACUCAAGUGGUCGUGCCAAACAUGAAGGCCAUCCAGCAUCAAAGAAUGUUUUCUAAAUUCCAUGGAUAUAUAUGUUUAGUAAUGUGUUAAGCUUAUUAGCUGUAAGUGCAAGUCCAAUGUUUUGAGUUUUCUUUUGUGGAGUUGUUGUGAAUAAAUUGCAAUCUCUUGAGAUUGUCCAAAGUAGUAAAUAUGUCUUCUGUUUAUUGUAUGUCAUGUUGUAAACAUUGCAAGUGGAGUUUUCAUAAUCUUGCAAUUUCAUGUAUUUUCAGUCUAAUAUACUUAUAUUUAGUACUGUGUUA